UCUCUCUCUCUCUCUCUCUCUCUCUCUCAUUACAAGUUGCUUUCAUGGAUACAACAAAUCACGUCUUUGCGUUUUUGGUUUUAUCGCAAGUCCCAAACCUCUGUUCUCUUGGUCUUGCCCUUUUCACCACCCGCCUUUUGUUUUCCCUUUUUUUUCCCCCCAACUUUCAUUGUCUUUUGUGUCCAAAAUAAAUCCAUUUGUUUCCCAUUUGGGUUUUCCAUGUAGUGUUCUAAAGCAUUCAAUUUCGAUCGAAAUUUGAUUGGCCACUGAGUUCUUUUAGUACUAUCUUUCAUCCCGUUCAAUGAAUUGAAGAACCAUUCCUCCAUUGUCAAAAAGGUUCAGCAUUAGGAAUGAAGGAUUCUAGUUUAAGGGCGCAGAGAUAUUGAAGAUUUCCCGAUUUCAAUUACUGUUAAUUUGCACAUUUUGGCAGAUCAUAGAGUUUUUAUUUUGCUAGUCAAAGGGCCUGAAAUGGUGGUGUCAUCUUUCCAUUUAGUUUUAUGACUGAUAGCAUUAGUUGAAGGUGAUUAUUUCCACCGAAAAUUGGAAAGAAGGUAAACAAACUCUCUGAUCCUUUGUGGGGAGGGGAUGUUGUGUGCUUGCUCCGGCGAGCAAUUCAAGUUCGAAGAGGCGCCGCCGCCGCAGUCGCCGGAAUCACUGGCGACGAGGGACUUCUCGGCCAGCGGCCAUUCGUCCAGGACAACAGGGGACUGGGAAUCGAAACUUGAAGAUGCCCAAGUGGACGAAGCUGAGUCCACAUUGAAGGAGGCUCUUUCCUUGAAUUAUGAGGAAGCAAGAGCAUUGUUGGGGAGGCUUGAAUACCAAAAAGGGAACUUUGAUGCUGCCCUUCAAGUGUAUCAAGGGAUUGACAUUAAGAUUUUGUUACCAAGAAUGACAAAGGCUAUUAUGGAGAGAACACGGAAACAGCGAAAACCGCGGCCCAAAGGCAAAAAUUUGAUGCCGGGGGUCAUGUCAUUGCAUUCCGUGAGCCUACUUCUUGAAGCAAUCUUGCUGAAAACAAAAUCUUUAGAAGAGCUUGGACGAUUCAAAGAGGCUGCAAAGGAAUGCAAAAGAGUUUUGGAUGUAGUUGAAUCGGCACUACCCAAUGGCAUGCCUCAUGGCAUCGGUGAAGACUGUAAGAUGCAAGAAACAUUCCACAAGGCCCUAGAAUUGCUCCCCAAGUUAUGGAUCCAAGCAGGGUUUCUCGAUGAAUCUAUCUCCGCCUAUCGUAGGGCACUAGUCAAGCCCUGGAAUUUGCAUCCCCAAAGGUUAGCCAGUGUGCAAAAAGACUUAGCCGUGUUGUUACUCUAUGGAGGUGUUGAAUCAAUCCUUCCCCCUCAUUUCCAACUCGGGGGUUUAAACACCCCUAAAACAAAUACUGAGGAAGCAAUUCUUUUGUUGUUCAUACUUAUGAAAAAGGUUUUGAACAAUGAAAUAGAGUGGGAUGCUGAAAUUAGUGAUCAUUUAACUUUUGCACUCUCAGUUUGCGGACAGUUUGAGUCGCUAGCCAAUCAUGUGGAACAAGUGCUUCCAGGGAUUUAUAAUCGAUGUGAGAGAUGGUACUUUCUCUCUCUUUGCUAUAGUGCUGCAGGGCAAAAUGAUGUAGCAUUGAACCUUCUAAAGAAAGUUUUUGGGAGUUCCGAAAUUUCAGAGGCCAAUAGUAAUAUUAAGCCCCAUUUGCCUUCAUUUUUGCUAGGGGCAAAGUUGUGUUCUCUAGACCCAAAGGAUGCCCAUGAUGGGAUUAAGUUUGCUCGUCGAGUUAUGGAUUUGGAAAUUAAUCAAAAUGAGCAUUUCAUUUAUCAGGCUCACAAAUUCCUCGGUGUUUGUUAUGGUAAUGCAGCAAGGAUUUCCAUUUCAGAUUCUGAACGACUUUGUUUCAAUGAACAAUCCUUGAAUUCUCUAAAGCAUGCUGUAUUGUCUGGCAAGGAGGAUCCGGAAUCAAUUCUGAGUCUUGGGGUAGAAAAUGCGAGUCAAAGGAAUUUGAGUGCAGCGUUUGAGAAUGUAACAACAUAUAAUGGAUUGAUGGAUGGAAGUUCGGUGAAGGGUUGGAAGCUUUUAGCAUUGACUGUAUCGGCAGAGCAAAGGUUUGAAGAUGCUGAAACUAUUGUUGAUUUGGCUUUGGAUGAGAGUGGAAGGAUUGACCAGUUGGAGCUUCUGAGAUUAAAAGCAGUUCUUCAAAUUGCUCAAGAACAACCCAAGCACGCGAUAGAGUCGUAUCGCAUUUUGCUAGCUCUUGUUCAAGGACAAAGGGAGCAAACUCAAAACUUUCAUUCUGAGUUUUUGCAGGGAAGGAGACUAGAAAUAGAAGCUUGGAAUGAUUUGGUCAAGAUUUAUACGAAGCUUGAGUCAUGGCCUGAUGCAGAAAUUUGUCUAGGCAAAGCCAAGUGUAUCGAAUUUUACUCCUCCCGUACUUGGCACCAAACAGGCAUGUUGUUUGAAGCUCGAGAAAUGCACAAGGAAGCCCUAGUUGCCUUCACAGUUGCAUUGUCAAUAGACCCGGAGUUUGUACCAGGUAUUGUUUCCACUGCCGAAGUGUUGAUGAAAAUGGGAAGUAAAUCUCUCCCCAUUGCAAGGAGCUUCCUGAUGAAUGCUCUGCGGUUAGAGCCCACGAACCACAAGGCCUGGUGGAACCUCGGGCUUGUUUCUAAGAUGGAAGGCUUAAUGCAUCAAGCCGCAGACUUCUUCCAGGCUGCACACGAGCUCGAGAUGUCGGCUCCUGUUCAAAGCUUUGUGUGACCGUUGUAAUCUAUAUUACUACAGUAAAAUAUAAGUUUGAAUAUCAAGGAGCUCUAUUUGAUGAUGCUGGAAUCUAGCCCUAGGGAAUGAAAAAGAUUAGUUAACCACGGAAGAGUUAUGAUGAGGCUACGCUCGUCUCCUGGUUCUGAAUAUAGUCUCUGCAUCUGUAUUUAGAGGAUCAUGGUUCUUUUCUAUGUGAAUCGGGUUAAUGUUAUAUGUGACA